AUGGAAGAAACAAUAAAUAGUCCUCAUCUAAAAUUGUUACCUUCGUAUAUAUUUUAUCAAAAAUUGAUAAACCAAAAUAAUAAAAAUAAUAUUAGCCAUUUGUGUAAAGAUGUAUUGAACACAUACAAUGGUGAACAAGGAUGGGCUUAUAACCUUUGUGGAAAACUUAUAAAAAAUAUUGAAAUGCUACGAGAUGACAAUGAUGAUUUUUUUGGUAAGAAGCAUUGUUUUGAUAUAAAUUAUUGGUUUUACUCGGAAGUAUAUAAAAAUAUUGAUGAUAUUAAAAAGAAGAAUGAUUUAAAUAAAACUUUUAACAUGUUUAUAAGAAUAUGGGAAAUCUUUUUAGCUAAUAGUUAUGGAGUAGGAGAAAAAACGGACAAGGAGUUAUGCCAUCCAUAUAAGUAUUUAUUUAAGGAAAACCUUUUAGAAUAUUUGAUACAAGUGAAGAAUUUUUUCGACUAUAUGGAAAAUUAUAAAUUUAUAAAAAAUGAGAUUAACGAGAAUACAUAUUAUGCAUGCCAAAAGUAUUCCAAUUAUCUUAAAGACAGAAUACCUUUAUUUUUCUCCUUUGAACCAUUAUGUAAAAAACAAGAAAGUAAUAUUUGUACAGAUCACUUUUACUCAUAUUAUCACUUAUUUGAUCCAAGAAACAUAUUUACAUGGUAUGAAUUAUUUAAAAUAUAUAUUCAAUCAUUUUGGAAUGGGUGUUAUAAGAAUAUUUUAUAUGUAUACUGUGAAUCUCAAAGAUCAACAUCAGAAUUCAUGACCAAAUAUAAUGAAUAUGUACAGUCGUUCAUUAAGAAAAUUCGCAAAACACCAAAUAGUGUUCUUCAAAAGACUCAUGGCAGCGAACAGGGCACACAAAUCAAUGUGUCAAUGACAAAUACAACAGUACCGACGAGUGAAUUUCCCAAGGAAAUGAAUAAAAAUAAUGGAAAUUUAUCAGAUUUUGUAAACGAACAAGGUUUUUCAAUAAGUAAAAUUGCCAUUUAUUCCUUUUUUUCUGUGCUGGGUGCAAUAAUUGCUUACGAAAUUUUUAAUAGGGUAAAAAUAAAAAAUAUAUUUGUAGAUUUAACCCCUUUUGGACACUCCUUCACAAGUAGACGUAGAAAAAAACGUAACAUUAUGUAUGCUUAUUAUUCUGAAGGUAAUGAUUCAAUAUUUGACAAUAAUGAUAGUAUGGAUUUUAGUUCUUGUUCUGAAGUAGAUGAAUCUUCUACAAUAUUAAGUUUUGUGUGA